CACAGUGAUUGUAAUAUUGUAUAGUCCUAUCAUAGUAAUGAAACUCUAAUAUGACAGUGGUAAGAUGAUAUUAUUGAUCCAACACUAUAAUACAUAGUAUUAUGUGAAUAUGACAAUGGUGAGAUAAAUGGAAUUUUAUAAUACCAUAAAUUUACAAAAUGAUAUUCACUUUGAUAUUUUGUUGAGCGGAAAAAUUGUCAAGCCAUCUUAUCAUAGUCAUUUAAUAUAUUACAUAUAACAAUAUAUAAGAUCAUGAUAUGAUAUGAUGAUGCUAUGUAAAUGGAAUUAAUCAAAAUGACAAUUAUGAAACUUAUAAGUGUAUAACAUGCCCCUCAAAAUGGGAAAAAAAUGUAUUAAACAACUUGUACAGACGACAGCUAUUUGACGAAUGGAUACCUGGACAAGCCCGUGGAAGUUCCGGGAAUGAAGAACAUGCAGUUCCGAGACCUUCCAAGCUUCUUCCAGACGACGGACCCCAACGACCCGCCUUUCCACUGCCUGAUGGAAUGCGCCGACGCCGCCGCCAGAGCCUCCGCCAUCGUCAUCCACUCCUUCGACGCCCUCGAACCAAACCUCAUCGCCACCCUCAACUCCACCUACUCCGACCGCGUCUACCCCAUCGCCCCCAUGCAGCUGCUCGUCGACCAGAUGGAGUCGAAGUCAACCCUCGACGCCAUCAGCUACAGCCUGUGGAAGGAAGAGCCACAGUGCCUCCGCUGGCUCGACUCCAACAAACCGGCCAACUCCGUCAUCUACGUCAACUUCGGGAGCAUCACCACCAUGUCCAAGGAGCACCUGACCGAAUUCGCGAUGGGUUUGGUCAACAGCGAGGUCUCCUUCCUCUGGGUCAUCCGGCCCGACCUGGUCGUGGGCGAGUCGGCGGUUCUUCCGCCCGAGUUCGAGGAGAGGGCGGGCCGGACCGGUUUCAUAUCGGGUUGGUGCCCGCAGGAGGAGGUGCUGAACCACCCGGCGGUCGGAGGGUUUCUGACGCACUGUGGUUGGGGAUCGAUGAUGGAGAGCCUGACAGCGGGAGUUCCGGUGCUGUGCUGGCCCUUCUUUGGGGACCAGCCGACCAACUGCAAGUAUGCGUGUAGCGAGUGGGGGAUCGGGGCGGAGAUCCAGAAGGAUGUGAAGAGGGCGGCGGUGGAGGAGGUGGUUAAGGAGCUGAUGAUGAAUGGUGGGGAAGGGGAGAAGAUGAGGAAGAAAGCCGGGGAGUGGGGGAAAUUGGCUCGUGAAGCUGCUGGGCCGGGCGGGUCGUCGGUCGUGAAUUUGGACCGCUUGGUCAACCAAGUUCUCCUGGGCAAAGGGGUUUAGGGUUCUGCCUGCUUAGUAUGGGUGUGGGCCCCGGGCCUUGGAAAAUUUAGACACUAAUGAAAUACAAAGAAAGAAGGAUAUUUUGCUUCAUAAGUUGGGGUUUGAUCCAGUAUGGGUUCGGUGGGUUAAAGAAUGUAUUACCACUACGGCCACCCUCUCCGUUAAGGUCAACGCUCUCCUUCUCCGUUAAGAUCAACGACUCUUCUUUAGGGUAUUUUGCUUUCUCUCGUGGCCUCCGUCAGGGAGAUCCUCUUUCUCAUCUCCUUUUUGCGCUUUGUACCAAAGGCUUUACUGCUUUGAUUAAUCAGGCUAUCCGGGAUCAUGAUCUCCAUGGAAUUCGAAUGAAUGUCCGUUGUUUGAUGGUGUCUCAUCUCCUUUUGGCGGACGAUUCAUUUCCUUUCCUCCGUGCAUCGUUCAGGGACGGGCUGAAGUUACUGGAUCUCUUGCGGGAUUAUUAGAGUGUUAGUGGCCAACAAGUCAAUUUGCAUAAAUCAGCAUUGUAUAU